GCUGAUAUCUCAAUUGUGACUGGAGCGGAAGAGUCUCGAUUCGACAACUCAGUAGCAGGAGUUCCAGUAAUCUCAUGCGAACGUGAUCACAUCACUGUAACAGUCGAGACUAUACGUCCAUUUGCCGGGAAAAUCUUUGUAAAAGGAGAGUAUUCUAAUCGGAAGUGUAUGCGAGCGUAUGUGAACGGGUUUCCACUACCAUCGGAUGAGACGCUUUUAUCACCGACACGUAAACGACCAGCUUUUCCGGACGAAAAUCCCGCAGGCGCCGGAAUGGAAGGAUCUCGAGAGGCGGGCGGAGAUUAUCUCGACAGUGCUGAAGUAUUCCCCUCACCGGAACAAACCAGUCGUUUUCUGAGUGAAAGUGAUUUACUGGUAUCUGAUCAAGUGAAAUCUGGAAAAGUUCAUCAAAACGCCCCAGAUAGUGCCAAUUUCCUAGCCAGUUCCAAGUGGUCAGGCUAUGGUGGAGUCAGCUCAAGCGACCAUCACGGGUUGCCAUAUGUAGGCGCCUUUGGUGGAUCUUUACGAGAAGAAAUGAAGACAACUGAGGCUCCAGGUCUGAAGGUGUUCCAAAAAUCAAAAGUGGACGUUUCCGACGGUGUUCUAACGUACCCGGGUCCACAAGGACUGACAUCAGCAAACUGUCCUUUGAAAUGCGACCCGUGUAGUUGCGAAAAGGAAAAGAAGGUUGCGGAACGGCGGAGAAGAGACACGAACACCGUGGAGUUGACAGUGCCAUUGGGAGCAUGUAACGCCAAACGUGACCGAAAAAUGUCCCCACCUACUCUGACGGUAUCGUUCGUCGCCAUCAUCUCAUUCCACGACUCGUUUAUCACCAAACUCGAUCGCGCCUACCGUAUACAAUGUGCCUAUGUGGAAACCAACAAAAGUCUCAGCACACAGCUUGACGUCGAGUGA